GCAGGAGGUGGGGGGAGUUUGUGAAUCCUGGGGAGAUUAAGUGUACAACUGAGUGCUAUUCUGACCUCUGCUUCACACUUUCAUCUCUCUCUCUCUCUCUCUCUCUCUCUCUCUCUCUCUCUCCCACAGGUGAACGGUGGCUCUAAGCAGACCGGCGCACAGAUCGACUGACUGCUUGUGUGUGUGUGUGUGUGCGAGAGUGUGUGCGAGAGUGUGUGCGUGUGUGCGUGUGUGCGUGUGUGUGUGUGUGUGUGUGUGUGAGAGAGUCAUGCAUGCAGGAUGGAUGUGAAGGAGCGCAGGCCGUACUGUUCGCUGAGGGAGAGUCGCAGAGAGAAGGACAGACGCUUCACACACUCGUCUGGCGGAGAGAGCGACGAGUGUCGCGUCCCCACGCAGAAAUCCUACAGCUCCAGCGAAACGCUCAAAGCCUUCGAGCACGACUCGCAGCGCCUGCUGUACAGCGGCCGAGCUAAAGAGAGAGAGCCCCGAGACACGGACGAGUACGGACGGCCAGGGCAGAACUUCACCCUGAGGCAGUUGGGGAUCUGUGAUCCGGCCACGCGUCGCGGGUUAGCGUUCUGCUCUGAGAUGGGCCUCCCCCAUCGCGGGUACUCAGUUGGUACAGGCUCAGAUCUAGACGCUGACAACGAGGCCGUGAUGUCACCGGACCGCGCCAUGCGGCUGUGGGGUGGGGGGGUCAAGUCCGCACGCAGCUCGUGCCUGUCGAGCCGAUCCAACUCGGCACUGACGCUGACCGACACGGAGCACGACAACAAGUCCGACAGCGACAACGGUGAGUCAGAGAGUUAAUGUACACA